AUGGAUGAACGGCAACCAGAAAGCAUGUUGUCAUUCGCCGCGAACACUUCAGAUUGUGAAGUUGGUAAACAAUUUAUAUUCGCUAUGCCUCGGGUUGUACCCGAUCAGAGGAUAACCUUUGAAAACGACGAAUUGUUUAGAAAAUUAAGUAGGGACAGUGAGGUAAGAUAUACCGGUUUUAGAGACAGACCUCAAGAGGAGAGACAACUGAGAUUUCAGGCAGAAGUUCGGGAAGGUCAUGCCGAUUUGGCGUUCGUGGUUACAGGAACAAAUCUACAGUUAAAUUUUGUACGGAAUUCUUGGUCCGACCGGCCUGAAGAUAGAGUGCCCACAAUGGAGUUUGUUAAUUUCGACCAAGAACCAGGCAAGGUCCAUUUGAAGUCUCAGUUUAUUCUCAACGGCGUCUGUGUCGUGUGGAAAGGCUGGCUGGAUUUGGUGCGGCUGGACGGUGUCGGGUGCCUGGAGUUUGAUGUCGAGCGAGCUGAGAUUGAGGAUUCAUUACUGAGAGAGCAAAUUGAAGAGAACAAAAGGCGAGUGCAAGAGUUUGAGGACAGGCGAAGACAAAGGCAGUUAGAGCAGCAGCGACAAGCAGCUUCAGAAGCAGAGGUAGUUGCUGCAUU